CAUUCAGAGCCUCCACCAAAAUUAUCAAUCCUUCGUCCUAAAAAUGAAGAAUUUGAUGUGCUUAGCGGCAGUACUCAUAUUUUUCAUUCAAACUGCAAUUUUGCCAACCGAAGCAAAUAUCAUUGCCCAAACAUGUUCAAAAACACCAAACCCUCCGGUGUGUCUCUCGUCUCUCAAAUCCCACCCUCGGAGCGCCCAAGCAGAUAUAUAUGGCUUAGCUGUCAUAAUGAUCGAUGUGGUAAAGGCAAAGUCCACAACGACUCUGAACCAAAUCAACCAAUUGCUUAAGCAAAGCCCAGGAGAUAAAGCCUUGAGAGAUUGUGCUGACAAUUACAAAGGAGUUGUAGAAAUUGAUAUCCCAGAGGCCUAUCAGGCAAUCAAGGCGGGGAGAGCUAUGUUUGCAUUGCAAAGCAUGAAUGACGCUGUGAUUGAGGCCAAUGAAUGCGAACGCAACUUUGCACGCAGCAAAUCUCAUCCUCUGACAAAAUUGAAUAAAGAUGCGGCAGAUGUUGCUAGUGUGGCUGCAGCAAUUAUUGAUGCAUUUCCUUGAUUCAUAAGUACUUGUUGCUGUUGCAUGUUGUUUAAUUUUUAACCAUACUACCUUGACAUCAAUAAAAUUGGUUUAAUAACGGAAAUAUUUGUUCUCUUUUAUAGGAUUGUCUUCUUGAUUGCUUGCCCAUCUGAAA